AGACUGAGAGGAUGGAAUAUUUGGACCAGACUCCUAGAUAGAAAAAGGGCCAGAGAGCUGGGGAUGAGAGUCCAGACAGGUGGAGUAGAAUGGCUUAGUUGGAACAAUUUGUGGUCCAGAGACUUGUUGGUCAUCUUUUAUUUCCUGCUUCCUCCUUCCUAGGUGAUGUAAUCAAGCAUCCUCCUCCCAUCAGCAAUAAUAUUAUACUGCCUUUUGAAUAGAUCAUUUGAGUUAGGUUUUCCAUUCGAAAGGAAUAAGGAACCACCUCAGACAGGUCAUUAGGGAGUUGUCUGGCUGUAUCUGACUUCGCACAUCUUUGAGUAGACCUAAAUCUGCUGUGGCGGUCAUGUACAUGUCUUUGUCUUUCUCAGUUCUUCCCUUCUUAGCUCAAGACUUACUGUAAAUAAAAAGCUGCUUUGUUUGAGGUAUUUUUACUUUGGAGAGUGUUAUUUUCUCAAAAUUGAUUUAGUUGUGGCUAAGGGGAAAAGCUGAAGAGGCAGCUGUCAGAGAUUUUAUUUCUGAAGAGGUUCAAACUCUAGAAAGAAAAUUACUAUAGAAAGAAGUCAUCUAGCCAAGAGUUGUUAGGUGCUUGAAUUUCAUCCUCAAGAACACUUAUCUUGGAAAAUGACUUGACUGGUCAAAGGAAUCAUUAUAGGAAGAAGGUGGGACCAGGCAUCAGGUUUAAAUAUUUCUAUUCUGCCUGGGAUAGAAGAAACUACAGCUAUCAAAAGUUGGUCUUUUAAAAGGAUCCCUCUGUGACGUUAGCCACCAUUAAAUAAGGAUGAUUGUUUUUAAAAUUGCAGUUGUUAAUUUGGCAAAUGGUUACCAUAAAACUGACUACCAGUGUGGAGAGAACUCAUGUUUGUGAUGCUGUCACCACUCUGUGUAUCAUGGAGCUUGUGGCCCUGUGCCAUCUAAACAGUAUGUCUGGUCCCUGCUAGAGUGCUGAGUCCCACCGAAACAGGGUUGCAGGAACCCCACUAAUUGCCACACUUUCCCACCCCUCACCAACUGCUUUGCUCAUUGUUCCUCUCUUCCUGGACUGCACUGCGGUGACACAAGAAUAUAGAUUUCUAAGUCCUGAAUAUAAAAUAUUCAUUUUGUGGAGAUUUGGUGUUCUGAAACUGAAAUCUUUUUUCUGACUGGGAGGGGGCUGUGUGUGCCAAGAGCCCUAUUAGGGAAGAGCAUAUUGCUUUUUUUUUUUUUUUUUUUUUUUUUAACAUUUAUUUUUGAGAAACAGAGAGAGACAGAGCAUGGGUGGGGGAGGGGCCGAGAGAGAGGGAGACACAGAAUCCGAAACAGGCUCCAGGCUCUGACCUGAGCCGAAGUUGAACGCUUAACUGACUGAGCGCCCCAAGAGCAUAUUGCUCUUAAAAGGAGAGGAGAACUUUGAGGAAUUAUUACAUGGUCAGAGUUGUUUUAUAAGUGGGGAGAAAGUGCCACUAUUUUUAUUUGACUUUCGUAGCUUACUGGGUUUAUUAGGGUAUAUAUUUAUAUUUCAUCAGAUGUAAAGUUGCUAUCUCCUUAGAAACUUCAAAUCAAGUUCAGAAGACUGACCAGAGAAAUGCAGUGGAAAGCAAGAGAUACUGAUAUUUAUUUUACUGCUUUAAUCAAUAAUCUGAUCUGUGCGUUGGUCAAAAUUUGCCAGUUUAAAGACCUUUAACAUAGAUCUUCAUUUGAAUAGAAGGCUACAUCCCCACCUUUCUACCUGGGAAAUUUUGAAUCAGGACUGUGAAUCACACGGUUUCCUUUGGCAUGAGAAAGUAGUAACGGCAUCUCCCUUUGAGUUUCUACUGUUGGACUAGCUCACAGUCGGCCCCUUCCCCUUUUUGCCAGCGCUGUGACUCCCCCCACCCCCCGCCCCAGUUGUGGAUCAUGGUCGUGACUGGUACAAAGGCAGUGGAACCUCUCCAAAUAGAAAAUUCUCCAAUUGGAUACAACUUAAAACAGGAGCCCCGCUUCUCCUACAGACGCAGAAAAAUGGUGAAGGCGGCCGUUUGGAGACAGAGCACACGUACCUUAUUCUUUCCGGCAGGGAUACAGUUCAGAAAAUCUAACCCUAUUUUUAUCUGUACCUACUGGAAUUAUUUCUACUUGGCAUCUGUAGCAAAAAUAGAAAAUCCGUAAUCCCGGGGAUCUGGGUUGGCCCAUUAUACAAGUUAGAAAUGGAAGAGAAUUCAUGUGUGUAAAACAAUCUACAGAAUUAAUUUGCCAGAGAACCCCUUUUACCACCCCAGCCUGAGCAGACAUGCAAAGUACCACUCUGGAGGCCCUUGAGAUGCCACGCGAGCCUGCCGACUGGCACAGCUGCGGUAGUGGGCUGCGGGGCCCUCCGACGCCGCGGCCACGCACAGCCGAAGUAGUUGGGGGGGGGCGGGAUGCGGUGCCAUCCAACUGCCACGGCCGCGCGCAGUCGCAGUAGUGGACGGGGGGGGGGGGGGGGGAGGGGGGCGGGACCUUCCAACCGCCGAGGCCUCGAGCCACCGCAGUAGCAGGUGCAGGAGGUGUCUAACGGUCACCUGCUGCUCUGUGCCCUCAGGUCACAGAGCUUGUCUGCAGUUUGCUUCCUUUCUCUCCCUCCACCUCGUGAGUGAGUAGCCAUGAACUGGUCUGUGGGAGUCCUGCGGGCCGGCCGGAGAGUGGAGGCUGCGAGAGUGAAUUUCCUGUGCCCGAGGGGGGCGCUGUGUCCCCGCCAGCCGGCAGGCAUCUCCCUUCCGGUCGCCUGGCCCGUCACCCUCGUGUCCAGGAUGGCGACCAUCAAGUGUGAGCUUAUCAAGAAUUUCACCUCCGAGGAGGCCGUUCAUCACAACAAAGUCUCCAUUACAGGAACCGGAUCGGUUGGCAUGGCCUGUGCUAUCAGCAUCCUGUUAAAGGGCUUGACCGAUGAACUUGCCCUUGUGGAUGUUGAUGAAGACAAACUGAAGGGUGAGACCAUGGAUCUGCAACAUGGCAGUCCGUUCGUGAAAAUGCCAACUAUUGCCUCCAGCAAAGAUUACCUUGUCACUGCAAACUCCAACCUUGUGGUCAUCACAGCAGGUGCACGCCAGGAAAAAGGAGAAACACGGCUUAAUUUAGUCCAGCGCAACGUGGCCAUCUUUAAGUUAAUGAUUUCCAAUAUUAUCCAGUAUAGCCCUCGCUGCAAACUGAUUGUUGUUUCCAAUCCAGUAGAUAUAUUAACUUACGUGGCCUGGAAAUUGAGUGGAUUUCCCCAAAACCGUGUUAUUGGAAGUGGUUGUAAUCUGGACACUGCCCGUUUCCGUUUCUUGAUUGGGCAAAAGCUUGGUAUUCACUCUGAAAGCUGUCAUGGGUGGGUCCUUGGAGAGCAUGGAGAUUCCAGUGUCCCUGUGUGGAGUGGAGUGAACAUCGCUGGUGUCCCUCUGAAGGAUUUGAGUUCAGAUAUAGGAACUGAUAACGAUCCCGAGAAGUGGAAAAAUGUCCACAAAGAUGUAAUUGCCAGUGCCUAUGAGAUUAUUAAAAUGAAAGGUUAUACUAAUUGGGCCAUUGGCUUAUCUGUAGCUGAUUUAACGGAAAGCAUUUUGAGGAAUCUUAGAAGAGUGCACCCAGUUUCCACCAUAAUUAAGGGUCUGUAUGGGAUAAACAAAGAAGUAUUCCUCAGUGUUCCAUGUGUCUUGGGAGAGAGUGGUAUCGCAGACCUUGUAAAGGUGACGCUGACCCCUGAAGAACAGGCCCGUCUGAAGAAGAGUGCAGAAACACUGUGGGAAAUUCAGAAGGAGCUUGAGCUUUAAAGUUGUUUGAAACAAUCUUUCAGAAGUUAUUGAAGAGAUAGUAGGUGUGGGGUUGUAUAUGUCAAAUUUUUUAAUAAACUUGAAAUUGCUAGAAGUUGGAAAUAGGAAAGGAAGUACAGUGACUCAUCUGUUUAUUCCCCAGCUUUUUUACUUAGCAUACAGAUGUCAGGAUGAUUUUUUUUUCCCCACACAAUUCCUAAGUGACUGCAUCAAAGGUGUUUUUGUACCACUGAUGUGCCAGUACUUGCCAUAGACAGAGAGUUGCUAUUUGGUCCAAAAGGAUAAAGGAUAUAGGUGUUUAUUGUGUUACAGAAAUGAUAAUUUUCAUUAAGUACAUGUUAAUUGUUUCAUUCUGGCUGGCUUACACCUACUGUGUUCAUUUAUAUACUGUUUUUAAGAAGUUGUGACUUUCUCUACAAUGUAAAAAUAAACAGACAGACAGAA